CCACUUUGAAUACACAGAAUGUGAUAGCAGUGGAUCCAGAUGGCGGGUAGCAGUCCCAAACCCAGAAGUGGAAUGUUCUGGUUUACCUGAUCCCAUCAAAGGAAAGGAAUGCACUUUUUCAUGUGCGUCUGGGGAAUAUCUAGAAAUGAAGAACCAGGUAUGCAGUAAGUGUGCCGAGGGGACUUACUCCUUGGGAAGUGGGAUCAAAUUUGAUGAAUGGGACGACCUGCCUGCAGGAUUCUCUAAUGUAGCAACUUACAUGGACACGGCCGUCGGCUCAUCUGAGAGUAAAGCAAAUAGCUGUGGCAAGUCUUCAUGGACUCCCCGUGGGAAUUACAUCGAGUCAAAUCGGGACGACUGCACCGUCUCCCUAAUCUACACAGUACAUCUGAAGAAGUCUGGUUCAGUCAUCUUUGAGUACCAGUAUAUUGACAACAACAUCUUCUUUGAGUUUUUUAUUCAAAAUGACCAGUGUCAAGAGCUGGACUCCACCAGUGAUAAGUGGGUGAAACUUACAGAUAAUGGAGAAUGGGGCUCCCAUUCUGUAAUGCUGAAAUCAGGCCCUAAUAUAUUGUACUGGAGGACAACAGGGAUCCUUAUGGGUUCGCAGGUGGUGAAGCCUGUACUUGUGAAAAACAUCACAAUUGAAGGGGUGGCUUAUACAUCGGAAUGCUUUCCCUGCAAACCUGGUACAUUUAGCAACACACCGGGCUCUUCCAGUUGCCAGGUCUGCCCUAGAAAUACCUACUCGGAGAAGGGUGCUAAGGAAUGCACUAAGUGCCAGGAAGAAACACAUUAUGCAGAUGAAGGAUCAAGCCAGUGCAUGGAACGCCUUCCAUGCUCAAAGAAAGACUUUUUCCAAAUCCACACACCAUGUGAUCAGGAUGGAAAGACUCAGCUCAUGUACAAAUGGGUCCAGCCUAAGAUCUGUAGAGAGGAUGUUUCUGAAGCAGUGAAGCUGCCUCCUUCAGGGGAGAGGAAGGAGUGUCCGCCUUGUAACCCUGGCUUCUACAACAACCGCUCUUCUUUCUGCACUCCUUGUCCUCUGGGCAUGUUUUCUGAUGGCACACAGGAUUGCAAGGCCUGCCCUGCUGGGACUGAACCAGCGCUGGGUCUGGAAUAUAAGUGGUGGAAUGUGCUACCUCUCAAUAUGAAGACUUCUUGCUUCAAUGUUGGGAAUUCAAAAUGCGAUGGGAUGAACGGUUGGGAAGUAGCUGGUGAUCACAUCCAGAGCGGGGCAGGGGGGACGGAUAACGAUUACCUCAUUGUGAAUCUUCACAUACCGGGAUUUAAGCCUCCAACGUCAGUAACAGGGGCAACAGGCUCAGAACUUGGACGGAUCACGUUUGUGUUUGAGACCAUCUGUUCAGCUGACUGUGUGCUGUAUUUCAUGGUGGACAUCAAUAAAAAGAACACAAAUGUAGUGGAAUCGUGGAGUGGAAGUAAGGACAAGCAAUCGUACACACACAUAAUCUCCAAAAAUACUUCUUUUACCUUCACGUGGGCUUUUCAGAGAACAAAUCAGGGCCAAGAUAGCCGGAAGCUCAUCAAUGACGUGGCAAAGAUCUAUUCGAUCACCGUGACCAAUGCAGUUGACGGCGUUGCCUCGUCCUGCCGGGCCUGUGCUAUCGGUUCUGAACAGUCUGGUUCCUCUUGCGUCCCCUGCCCUGCUGGGCACUACAUAGAAAAGGAAACCAACCAGUGUAAGGAAUGUCCUCCCAAUACGUAUCUGUCCAUUCAUCAAGUGUACGGCCAAGAAGCAUGUGUCCCAUGCGGACCUGGCAGCCAAAGUACCAAGGAUCAUUCUGCAUGCUUCAGUGACUGCAUGCUGGCAUACGUCAAGGACAAUCGGAGCGUGGCCUAUGAUUUUAGCAGCCUGAGCAGAGUAGGCUCACUAAUGAAUGGACCAAGCUUUACGGCGAGAGGAACAAAAUUCUUCCAUUUCUUCAAUAUCAGCCUGUGUGGAAACCAAGGAGAAAAGAUCGCCGUUUGCGCAGACAAUAUAACAGAUAUCACGCUAAAGGAUAUGGUAGCUGAAUCGGAGGACUAUUCCAACGUUGUGAGGGCUUUUGUCUGCCAGUCCACUAUCAUACCCCCUGACAGCAAGGGAUUCCGAACGGCUCUGGCACUUCAGUCCAACAGUCUCGCAGACACAUUUUUGGGAGCUACCAUUGAAACAACACUGGGAAAUAUUCAUGUUAAGCCAGAAAUAUUUGAGCAUUCUGAGAGGAAGAUGAUUGACGUUCAUUUCUAUUACAAGUCUUCAGGAGCUACAGCUACUUGUGAAAAUGGCCGUGCUUCUGUUGUGACGAUGAGAUGUAACCCUGCAAAACUGGGCCAAGGAGAAAUUUCAGUUCCCAGUACUUGUCCUGCAGGUACCUGUGACGGCUGUACAUUCUACUUCUUGUGGGAAAGUGCAGAAGCCUGUCCCAUGUGCACUGAGCAGGACUAUCAUGAGAUUGAGGGUGCUUGUAAAAAAGGACACCAGGAAACCUUGUAUGUAUGGAACGAACCAAGGCUAUGUAUAAAAGGGGUUUCUUUGCCCCAAAAAAGGAUCAUCAUUUGUGAAACAGUGGACUUUUGGCUGAAAGUGGGGGCCGGUGUUGGUGCUUUCACCGGUGUCCUGCUGAUUGCCUUAACCUGCUAUUUCUGGAAGAAGAAUCAGAAGUUGGAGUACAAAUAUUCCAAGCUGGUGAUGACAGCGAAUUCAAAAGAGUGUGAACUUCCAGCUGCUGACAGCUGUGCUAUCAUGGAAGGGGAAGAUAAUGAAGAAGAAAUAGUAUAUUCAAAUAAACAGUCAUUGCUAGGAAAACUCAAAUUGUUGGCAACGAAGGAAAGAGAAGACUGCUUUGAAUCAGUUCAGCUGAAAUCCUCAAGAUCUCAAAAUAUAUGAAGACCUUACUCUGCCUUUGCACUAGCAAACCUGAUUUCUGUUUAUAGGGGACCACAUUUUCAACUCGUCCUGGCACCCAACCGAGGGGUGGUCUCCAGCAAGAAACACUGAGCAAUCUAAGAUGUAAAAGAUGGCAGCAGAGAAGAACAAGAGAGGAAGUUGCCUUAUCGUGAGACUGAGAAAUUUGCCAAAUAAAUAAAUAAAUAAAUAAAAAGAA